AUGGAGGAGGGACGAGCUGUGGUGCAAACCCUCAUCUCAGCUCUCUGUGGAGGCCCGGCCAUGCUGCAAGACCUCUCCCAGCUGCUCUUGUUCACUGUUUCUCUGGCUGGGACCCCACCGGGCCCCCUCUGCCUGCCCUGCGCCCUGCCCGGGCUGCAUCGGCCUUUGCUGAGGUCGGAGAUCGAUGAGUACUUCACGGGGCCGGCGUUCCUGGCCUGGAACCGGAUGGGGAACCUCCGCGGCUGGGCAGGGGCGCUGCCGCCAGCCUGGCACCUCAAACAGCUUUACCUGCAGUACCGGAUCGUGGAGAGGAUGCGCUCGCUGGGGAUGAUCACGGUGCUGCCGGCCUUCGCGGGCCACGUGCCCCAGGGGGUUCUUCGGGUCUUCCCACGCAUGAAUGCCACUCGCCUUGGGGGCUGGAGCCACUUCAACUGCACUUACUCGUGUACCUACCUGCUGGACCCGGAGGACCCCAUGUUCCAGGUGAUCGGGACCCUCUUCUUGAAGGAGCUAAUCAAGGAGUUCGGCACAGACCACAUCUAUAGCGCCGACACCUUCAACGAGAUGACCCCCCUCUCCUCUGACCCUGCCUAUCUCUCGAGGGUCAGCAACGCCGUUUUCAAGUCGAUGGCGGGAGCCGACCCCGAGGCGCUGUGGCUGAUGCAGGGCUGGCUCUUCCAGCACCAGCCAGACUUCUGGCAGCCAGCGCAGGUGCGGGCCCUGCUCCAUGGUGUGCCCCUCGGUAGGAUGAUUGUUCUCGACCUCUUUGCUGAGUCCAAGCCUGUCUACCAGUGGACAGAGUCCUUCUACGGGCAGCCCUUCAUCUGGUGCAUGCUGCACAACUUCGGGGGCAAUCACGGCCUCUUCGGCACCGUGGAGGCCAUCAACCACGGCCCCUUCGCGGCUCGCCGCUUCCCCAACUCCACCAUGGUGGGCACCGGGCUGGUGCCCGAGGGCAUUGAGCAGAACGACAUGGUGUACGAGCUGAUGAACGAGCUGGUGCGCCGGCCCUCCCUGCGCAGGGACACGGAGCUGUGGUACAACGCCAGUGACGUGUACGAGGCCUGGCGCCUGCUGCUGAGUGCCGGCGCGGAGCUGGGCUCCAGCCCCACCUUCCGCUACGACCUGGUGGACGUCACACGGCAGGCAGCUCAGCAGCUGGUGAGCGACUACUACCUGAGCAUCCGCCGGGCCUUCCAGAGCCACGCGCUGCCGGAGCUGCUGACGGCCGGCGGCGUCCUGGUCUAUGACCUGCUCCCGGAGCUGGAUAGCCUCCUCUCCAGCCACAGCCUCUUCCUGCUGGGCCGCUGGCUGGAGAGCGCCCGUGCCGUGGCCACCAGCGACCGGGAGGCCGAGCAGUAUGAGCUGAAUGCCCGGAACCAGCUGACGCUCUGGGGGCCCAGUGGGAACAUCCUGGAUUAUGCCAACAAGCAGCUGGGGGGGCUGGUGCUGGACUACUACGGCAUGCGCUGGAGCCUUUUUGUCUCUGCUCUGGUGGAGAGCCUCAACUCGGGCAGCCCCUUCCACCAGGACCAGUUCAACCAGGCUGUCUUCCAGGUGGAGAGAGGCUUUGUCUACAACAAGAAGCGCUACCCAGCUGUGCCGGCUGGGGACACGCUGGAGAUCUCAAGGAAGCUGUUCCUCAAAUACUACCCCAGGGCGCUGCAGCGCAGCCGAGCUGGGCCAGCGUGACUUUGGGUGGCUCUGGAGCCUCCCCCAGGUUGGACGGCAGAGACCCCGUGCCCUCCCGCCUCCAGGCUUCCGCAGCUCCUGGCCUGACGACUGUGUCCUGGCGAUGCUGGAAUGAAAGUGCAGAGCCCCGGUGCCCCCCAGCCAGCCUGGACCCACCGUUUCCCCUGCAUGGGCAGGAUGUGGGAGGCUGGCAGCCAGAUGUGGUUCAGGCUCUGCCCCGGGGACCCAUCCUGCGCCAUGCUCUGUGCUCAGCCCUGCUGGCCCCGUCUGGCUGCCCUGAGCCUGUUCCCAGGAAAGCUGGGCUGCCCCAGGCGUGAGCCCAGAGGCAAGGGCCCAGGGGAAGGGCUCUGCUGCUCUGAUACUUCCAGCUGGAAGUUCAGCGGGAGCUGGGACUGUGCAGAGGGACGGAGGGACAGAGGGACAGGGCACACGUGUCCCUGCUGCAGGGCCCUGCCUGGCUGGCGGGGGUGGUGAUGGUGGAGAAGCAGCCAGGGAGGUGGCAGCAGGGGGGGUGGCAGAGCAGCCCCUGCCCCGAGGGGAAGCGGGGAAUCAGCCUCAUCCCUGGUGUGGCCCUGCCCUGGACCUCCCUGCAAUCGGGUGGCUGCCUGCCCCAUGAACCCCAGUGCCUGCGGGGCCCCCGCUGCUGCACGGCCCCCACCACGCUUGGUGCCUUUUGUAUCAAAAGAGGCUUUGCAGAAUUUUCUGCAGUGAUGCUGGGGCCGUGCUCCCUGGGACAGGGUUUUCUGGGCCUUUUUCCCCCCCUUGCUGGGACUGAAGCAGAGCCCAGCCACGGUGCUGCCAGCCUGCAGAGCAAUUAAAGGCCUGGCCGCUGAGCGCUCUUUUCUCCUGUGUGUGUGUUCAUCUCCUCUCCCCGGUGUGGGACUUGUGUGAAAUGGGGGGCAGGGGAGCGGCGCUUGGCCCCCGAGCCUGCAUAGCAGGAAAAACGCGCUGCCAGAUGCGUGCCGGGGUGCCUGGCACGGCACAGUGCAGUUGGGGCUGGCCCCAGCUGGUGCCGACCCCCGGGGUUGCGGCUCCCCUUGUGUCCCAGACCC